UGGGGGAGAGGCAUGUUUGGGCGGCUCGGAACUGGUUCGGAAUCCGACGAGCUCUGUCCGGUUCGGGUCAAAUUUAAACCAGAAAAGGGGCUCAAAUUUGUGGGAGUGGCUGCUGGUGCUUACCAUAGUCUUGCUCUGGCUGACAACAAGAAAGAGGCUUCUUCUUGUUCUACUGUUAUUGAAGAAUCCGCUGGAUGGUUAAAGUUUAUAGCUUUCUCCUAUUUGCAUCCACAAAUCAGGCUAGUUUGCCUGUCUGAAGUUUUUACUGGGCUUAGAUGGCAUGGAAAGUUAUUCAACUAUAGAGCCUAGGAAUGAAGUUAUAGAUUAUCAGGUUCAAGCCUACUAUACUUCUUUGCAUGACCUGUGGAUAGAGAUCAUCUACAUUAUUACUUAUGAUGGGUCCAUUUGGUGUUGGGGUUACAACAUCUAUGGCCAACUUGGUGUAAAUGGAGAAAACUCUCUAGUACCCUGCUUGCUAGAGCGAUUCCUUGAGUUGGGCUCUGGAACGAGGAGUGAAGUGCCACUACAGGUUUGUUCUGUUAAGGCUGGAGGAAUGAUGUCGCUAGCAAUAGAUAAUCUCGGUACCCUUUGGAUGUGGGGCAAUUGUCCACUAGAAAGCAGCAGCAGUGAAGGUGGUUUCUCUCUUGUGAGCAGUUUCACUCCAACCCCAGUGUGGGAUUUCCAUGGCCACACGGUUGUGAAGGUAGCAUGCGGAAAUGAGCAUGUGGUAGCCCUAGUCACGGCUGGAGAAACGUAUAAAGGUGAAGAUCUUAUAUGCUUCUCUUGGGGUAGUAACAAUCACGGGCAGUUAGGCCUCGGGGAUAAAGAGAACCGGAAUCGUCCUGAAAUAGUAGAAGAUUUUAACGAGGACUCCAUAUUUGCGGUUUAUGAAGUAGCAUGUGGGGCUUUUCACACGGCUUUGCUUACCCACAAGAAAAGACCAAGUGAGACAUUAGAAAGCAUGUGCUGGACGUUUGGCCUUGGAGAGAAUGGGCAACUUGGGCAUGGAACCACCCAAAGUGCCUCAUCUCCUGAAACUGUGAAAGAAUUGCCACAAUAUGUGUAUCUGAUCUCUGUUGACUGUGGCUUAUUCCACACUAGUAUUGUUUCAUCUGCAGGAGAUGUGUGGUCAUGGGGGAUGGAGAAGGGUCUCGGUCUAUGCCCAGAUGCUAGUUUUACUGGGACAGAUGCAGGGGAUGCCAUUUCUCCCUUACAGAUUCUGUGUAACGGAUCCAAUGGGUCUAAAUUUCAGGAGCCGGUCCAAGUUGUAUGUGGUGCUGCCCAUACUGUUCUUGUAGCAAAUGAUGGAUAUAAGCUUUGGUCUUGGGGGAGAGGAAGAAGUGGGGUUCUCGGAAAUGGCAAGACAAUCGACUGUUUUUCUCCCACUGUUGUGUUGUGGCCUCCACUUACAGAGGAUUUCAAGCAAGAAGAACUAAAUGCUGUUGGGGAGGGAGACAGAAUUGCGGAAGAGAAUUCUAAAGGAGUCACCAAAACAGAAAAAGCCUUGUCUUCAGCAAUUGAAGAAACGAAAAUUCUUCAAUCAAAACUCGCAGUGAUGGAACGAUAUGCUGGCAUACUUCAUGGUUCAAUAUUUGGAAAACCCUUGGAAGAGCAGGAUAUUCCGAUCUCCUUGCAGAACUCAGGUAUUCAUGACAUUGGAAAGGAAUGGGACAGAAUGCUAGAGUCAGCAGAUCCUGCGAAGCUCGUAAGGUUGGAAAAGUUCUAUCAAAAAAUGCUUGAAGGUGUUAAAGAAAAGCUGUUGAAGAAAAGGAUUCAGGAGCUAGUUAAAGAGUGUCUCAGUUCUACUAUAAACAAAGUAUAGGUAAUGCAUGUGUGUAUAUAAUAUCAUUGUAUUGAUAUUGUACAUAUGCACAAUUCGAAUGGAGAUGUCUCUAUUGGUUCAGAUACGAGAAAUUUCUGACACUGCCCACUCAACUGUUCUUUCAUACCACUUUUCAAAAUGGUAGUUCAUAUUUCAAACUCAGUGUUGCUUCGUAUAGAUACGAGAAAUUUCUUUUAAACUACUAGAAAAAAAAAAUUUGUUUUUGCCCUA